GUGGGCGAUCCGGGCUUAACCGAGAAAGCCCAAGACUAACAACUAUCCAUCUGGACUCCUGGAGUCGAUCUGUCAAUCUAAAUCGCGGUUGUCAGCCUCCUAUUACUAAACCCUGGUGUCUAGGUUGACCAACGUCAUCUUGCUAUAUUAUUUUCUUCCCUUUCUUUUCAUCUGAGGGAGAGAGAGCCAGACAAUCUCUACCUGCUAGUGAGCUAUGGCGGACAGUCUGAAUCCGCCCCUCUCAUAUGAGGCCUCAGCGACCACCACCCACCCGCACAUUGCGACCACGCUCCCGUCGGAGGUCGUGGCGUGUUUGAAGAAUGCGAGAUUUCUUCACCUGGCAACAUGCGACGGAUUGACCCCGCACAUCUCGCUCAUGUCCUAUACCUACCUCCCGUCGACGCCUUUUGACCCGUAUCCGACCAUUAUCAUGACCACCAAUCCUGCCUCUCGCAAGACGAACCAUCUGCUGUCAAACCCUCAAGUCUCGCUACUGGUCCAUGACUGGGUCUCGCACCGCCCGCCCACUCGCGGACCCAACCCCUGUGGUGACCGCGAUGGCUCACCGCCACCGGCGGCGACACGCUCAUCGCUCGCCAGUCUGCUCCUGAAUUUGAACACAAGUGCUUUGUCCAGCAUCUCGACCACCAUCACAGGCACCGCGCGCUUCCUCGAGCCAGGCUCUGAGGAGGAGGCUUGGUGCAAGGAACGACACUUGGAGAACAACACGUUCGAGGAGGAAAUGAAUAUGUUCGGCCAGCAGGCACAGAGUCCGAACCAAAGGCGUCCUAGCAUUUCUAUCGAGGGAGAUGCCCGCGUCGUGACGGUUCGAGUCCGUGAGGGUCGUAUCGCGGACUGGAAGGGGGGCGUGCGCGACUGGACGCUGGUUUUAGACGGUUCCGAACAUAACAACGAUCAGGAAGAGCGUGCCAGACCCCAUCUGGCGAAUGGGAUUUCUCCGUAGGCACUGCCACACGGAUUGGAUCUAUUACUACCUAUCUACCUAUAUUCCACCGAGGGUGACGAUACCAUGAAAACCUGAAAAGUCGCUUCUUUUCGACUGUCGAUCUGGCUGCAAGCCAUCUAAUCUGUUUAUAAUGGCCUUCUGAGAGUAUCAUAU